UUCUGCACUGGGUGAACUCAAUCCUGACAUACUGCAAGCGUUCAGAUGAUGGAUUUCCAAGAAUAGUGUUCGUUGCAACACAUAAAGACAAGAUCCGUAAGAAUUUUGAGAAGCACAAACAGAAAGUGAUGACAGUCAUUCAAGAUAUAUUUGAAUCACACGCAGGGCUCAAACAUCUUGAAUUCAAACCACUGAUUUUCGUCAAUGCUAUGAACGAAGCGGAUCCAGAGAUCCAAGCAUUACGUCAACGUCUGAUGGAUAGAGCUAAAGAGCAUCCUCGGUGGGGUGAACAAAUGCCAACAGCAUGGGUCCCAUUAGAACUACAUCUAGCAAAACAAGUAGAGAAAGGUGUCAACAUAUUGACAAUAGAACAACUACAGAUGUUUAAUUCUCAAAAUCAGUCAAUGGUAUUGACAGAUAAUCAGUUGGAAACUUUCCUUAAAGUACAACAUUCACUCGGUAAAUUGCUCUACUUUGACGUAGCCAAUCUUCGAGAUUUUAUAAUCAUAGCACCAGCAUAUUUGGUGGAGGUUCUAAGAUCUAUUGUCACAGAGAAGCAAUUUUGGCCAAAAGGGAAACAAUUACAAAGUAUUUUCCAUACCAUGGAGAAAACAGGAGCACUCAGUCGCGACGAUAUUGAUGUCCUUUGGAAACAACAGAUGUUUGAGCAUAUUCUUUCAUAUAAAGAUUUCAUUAUUGAAGUAUUGGUUCAUCUUGAUGUAUUAGUUGCUGAAAGAAUGACAACAAACGAUUUAAGCACGUCACCUCAUAAAGUUUCGAAAUUUAUUGUUCCAUCAAUGAUUACAAGGCCAAACAACACGAAUUACCUGAGAACAAAUUGCAAGAUUGAAACUUCAAUUUUGCUGUCGUACAAGUUCACUGAGAAAGUAAUACCACCAGCCUUUCCAUAUCGAUUGAUUGCUUCUUUUGUAGACAUGUGGGGAGUGAAAAAGUAUAAAAACAAGAAGCGAAUGCUUUUCAGCGAUUUAGCAGUUGUGGAAGUAGACGAUAAGCAUGAUGUGGCAGUGCAGGUUAUAGAAAAUAGAGUGAUUGUGUCACUUAUCCAUGCAGAAACGAAAGAGCACAUUGUCCCAACAAUUGCAACUUCUGUUCAAGAAUGUCUGACUGCAGCUAUUCACAGAAUUUCAGAAUUUUACUCAACUCUUUCAGCAGACUCAUCUACCACAGAUAAAAGAUCGGAGUUACAUAUGGUCAUGCCAUUUGAAAUUGAGUUUGGAGUUCAUUGCAAAAAAAACUUAUGUUUUUUUCUUCAUAACAAAAUACCAACAGCAACAAAAUGGCAAUGUUCAGAACACAAAGUAUAUCACGAUGUCAGUUGUUUAAAAUUAUGGUUUUCAGAAAAGCUGCCUCGUGAAAAAUGUGACGCAUCUUGCAAUGGGUUAGGCAGACUUGAAAAGGAACAAUCUCCAUCGAACAAACAUCUAAGGAGACUUGCUUCUAACUUGGAUUAG